CAUUCUGAGGUAGGACCCCGCCCUGGCUGUGCAGUGACAGCAGCCGCUGUAACAUCGCUGGCUGUUGUGUGCAUUAGCAGAGUAUUGUUGAACGGGCUCUGGUAUUAGCGUCUAGCCCUCUUUAUCUCAGAAGCACGUAUCUGUGCUUCUGACUAAGCAAUCAAAAUGCCACUGUUUGAGGGUUUAGGGAGCGGAGGGGAGAAGACAGCCGUUGUAAUAGAUUUAGGAGCAGCCUACACAAAAUGUGGGUUCGCCGGAGAGACAGGCCCCAGGUUCAUCAUCCCCAGCGAGAUCCAGAGGCCCGGCCUUCAGCAGCCCAUCAAAGUUGUGCAGUAUAACAUCAACACAGAGGAACUUUACACCAUCCUAAAGGAGUUUAUUCACACAUUGUACUUCAGGCAUCUCUUGGUCAACCCACGGGACCGGAGAGUGGUUGUCAUCGAGUCCAUCCUCUGCCCCUCUCACUUCCGGGAAACCCUCACCAAGGUCUUCUUCAAGCAGUUUGAGGUUCCGUCCGUGGUCUUCGCCCCCAGUCACCUCAUGGCGGUCAUGUCUCUGGGCAUCAGCUCCGCUCUGGUCAUGGACUGCGGCUACACAGAGUCUCUGGUGCUGCCAGUCUAUGAAGGCAUCCCCAUCCUGUCCACGUGGGAGGCUCUACCUCUGGCUGGAAAGGCCAUUCAUAAGGAGCUGGAGGGGCUGGUGACGGAGCAGUGCACAGUGGACACAGACUCCACCCCUGACCAGAGUCUGCCAGCCGUCAUCGGAUCCAUUCCAGAGGAGGUUGUUGAGGACAUCAAAGUGCGGACCUGCUUUGUGAGCGACCUGCAGAGGGGUCUGAAGAUUCAGGAGGCCAAGUUCAACCUGGACGGAACCGCUGAGCGUCCAGCCCCUCCCCCUGAUGUGGACUAUCCUCUUGACGGAGAGAAGAUCCUGCACAUCAAAGGCUCCAUCCGAGACUCUGUGAUGGAGAUGCUGUUUGAGCAGGACAAUGAGGAGAAGUCUGUGGCCACGCUCAUACUGGACUGUCUGGUCAAGUGUCCCAUAGACACACGGAAGGCCCUGUCGGAGAACAUCGUGGUGAUCGGUGGCACUGCCAUGCUGCCGGGCUUCCUGCACCGGCUCCUGGCUGAGAUCCGCCUGCUGGUGGAGAAGCCAAAGUACCAGCAGGCCCUGGCCACCAAGAGCUUCAAGCUGCACAGCCCACCGGCAAAGCCCAACUGCACCGCCUGGCUGGGAGGUGCCAUCUUCGGCGCGCUGCAGGACAUCCUGGGCAGCCGCUCCGUGUCGAGGGACUACUACACCCAGACGGGACGCAUCCCUGACUGGUGCUGCCUGAGCAGCCCGCCCCCCGAGUCCGUCUACGACACCAGCAAAGCCCCCCCACCCCUCAUGAAGAGGGCCUUCUCAACAGAGAAAUAAUUGCCCCCGGCCCAGAUAUCAUUACCCCAACACUUGUGUAUAUACCCGUGUGUAUGUUCAUUACAAAUAAAUGAUCUUUGCAUUAGCGAUCAGUACAUUAGCGAUCAGUACAUUAGAUUACAGAUCAGUACAUUAGCAGACUUCAUAGGUGCCCAGCUAUCCUUAAAUCCCACCACGCUUGUAGUACCUGCCAAUAUCCUGUGGGGUUUGUUUGGGGUAGACGUAUUAACUUGUAUCAGUGUGCCUCUAAAAUUAGUCUGCUAAGGUUAUUUUUUUGUCUUUAAUAUUUUGACUUUUCUGUUUAUAAAUCCUCCCCCCAAAGCUCAACUCACACCACCCUCUGCACUUCUGUGAGUAGUUCCCAUGUGCGGCCACUAGGUGGCGAUGAGCAGCGUGUGCAGGCUGAGAGUGAGAGAUAAGUGCACUCUUAUCUGUCAGAAUGAGGCAGUGCCAUCUCGGCUCCCAGCGUUUGGAACCUUGGUCUCCGUUUACAUUUCCCAGAGCUCACGUCUGAGAUAUAGAUCUCAUUUGAUCCACUUUAUCUGGAGUCAUACCCAUCCCGCCAGGAUGCAGAUCAGUGGAAGACACAUGGGAUCCAUUUCCUAUAGAUAUGUAGGUCAGGCCUUUGAAUGAUGCCUUUAUGUUCUGUACAUUCAAGUUCUCACACAUAUUUGGCAGCGCAGAACAGAGCCAUAAAGAGAUCUGGCCAGCUCUGUCACACACACACACACACACACACACACACACACAGAGCCAUAAAGAGAUCUGGCCAGUCCCUGUUGUUGCUUUAUAGGACUUCAUUAUACUUUGACUACUCUGUUAUGCUUCUUAUUUAUUGUUAAGUGCUUUCAUGAGAAAAGAAUCUCAUGUAUUGAUCUGGAUCUGGACUUGGACCCACUGUUCCGUGUGUGUGUGUGUGUGUGUGUGUGUGUGUGUGUGCCGUGUCUUAAAUAAACAUUCCCAGAGAAAGUC